AGGAAACAAUAACUUUAUUAUUUGACUGCAGUAGCAAGCCUACUAUUGGAUUUUGAAUGCCAAAUAUGCUAGAGUAAAAAUAAGUUUCGUGCUCAGUCCUGUUCAGACAUUCUGUGUUGAAGCAGUUUGGUUCCCCUUUCUCUCAUUCCAAGUGCCUUCAGUUUGGGAUGGUUAUUGAAAGUAUUUGUUUAUUUGGAGUUAUCAUCUUCAGUCAAUUUGAGGAAUAUCCAAAAGUUUACUUUUGAAAGUGAUAAAUGGUAAGACAACUCAGUAUAUUCAGUUAUUGUUGUAGUACUAUAUGCAACUGGAUCUGCUAUUAUGUGUUGGAGGGUGAUACUUCAAUCUUGUGCACACUAACCUGAGUAUAAGCUGUUUUGGACACAGUGGGCUUAUUCACAGUGGACUUAUUCAUACCUUGUGUGUGAUUAUAAAUGAUGAGAAUAAAUGUGUACACAUAGUAAAAAUGUAAAGGCAUGUAUACAAUGUGUCUUCCUUUCUGGCUUGGAAAAAGUGACUCUCUUUAAAGAUAAUUUUGUCCAUAUUUGCAAGUAAUCAGAUUUACAUUUUUAAUAAAUAUGUUCAUCAAUAGGAAUUGUUUUUAGAAAAAGCUAUGAACAGAAUUUGUUUUGCCAUUUUUUUUAUAAAAAAUGUAUGGUUAAGACUGAAACCCCAUAAACAUUUACUUGAGAGGUGGCACUGUGGGUUAAACCACAGAGCCUAGGGCUUGCCAAUCAGAAGGUUGGUGGUUCGAAUCCCCGUGACGGGGUGAGCUCCCGUUGCUCGGUCCCAGUUCCUGCCCACCUAGCCGUUUGAAAGCAUGUCAAAGUGCAAGUAGAUAAAUAGGUACUGCUAUGGCAGGAAGGUAAAUGGCGUUUCCAUGUGCUGCUCUGGUUCACCAGAAGCGACUUUGUCAUGCUGGCCACAUGACCUGUAAGCUGUACACCGUCUCCCUCGGCCAAUAACGCAAGAUGAGCUCUGCAACCCCAGGGGUCCCUUUACCUUUACCUUUUAAGUCCCAUUAAGUUAAGAUUACCAGUUUUUUUUCCAAGGAAUCCAGGGACACUUUUCAACUUCCUACUGAAUAGAUGGAUUUUGUCAGGGGACUGAUUUUUAAAUCCGAGGACUGUCCCUGGGAAACGGGGACAUCUGGUAACCUUACAUUAAGUUCAACUGGGCUUACUUCCAAGUACACAUGUAUAUGACUGCACUGUGAAGCAGAUGAUUUAGUUCAGCUCAUGAUACCUCUAUUUCUUCUGUGCCCCAAACCAUUUGGUAUAGGUGCAUUAGAGAAAGGAUCUCUAUAAAUGCAGAUUGUGAAGUAUGAAGUAUUGUAGAAUCCAGUACUUCAGAAUCUUGUUCUUUAAUUAUUAUUUUAUGUAUCCCUCUUACUUUCCAAGGAACUCAAGGUAGCUACCAAGUCAGAAUACAAAAAAUAACAUCAAAAUCUAAAAGAACUCCCAGUUUAAAUCCCAUAAUAAAAACUAAAAACCUAGAAAGCCCAAUAAGUCUGGCACAGCCAAACACCAGGACUCCACCCAAAAAAAACCAGCCAUCAGCUAAAUAACUUUUUGAAGAGCUAUGUCUUUUCCAGCCAUGACCUUAGCCCCAGUUCCCUUCCUAUUGAAAGAAUAUAAUUUUGGGGCCUGACACAUUUUGCUAAGCAUUCUGCAGGAUAGGUGUCAUCCUAGAGUACGUCCUAUCACUGGUUUCCAUCAGCCUUGCCUUCUGAAGUUGAAGAAUCUGCAGCAGUGCCUCAGAUGAAGUUUGGAGCAUUCAGAAAGAAAUGUAUGGAAGGAAGUGGCUCUUAAGUAUGACAUGAAGAACCGCUGCCGAUUCCUAAAUCGCAUCAAAUAUGAAGAUCUGCAGUUUAAAGAUUUGUUUGUCGGCAACAAAAUUACUAUCUACUCACGCCACCUCAAUUUGGUUGACUAUGGGGAUCAAUAUACUUCCCGCAUGUUGGGCAGUCGCAAAGAAAGAACCUUGGCUUUAUUGAAACCUGAUGUAGCACUCAAACUUGGAGAUGUCAUUGAUAUGAUUAUUAGAGCUGGUUUUACAAUAACUAAAGCCAAAAUGACGAGAGUUUCAAGAGGAGAAGCAAUGGAUUUCUACGCAGAUCACCUAGCUAAGCCUUAUUACAAUGAGCUUCUUGAAUUUAUGACAAGCGGCCCCGUUGUUGCCAUGGAGAUCUUGGGAGAUGAUGCUAUAAGCCGAUGGAAGGAUUUACUAGGACCUGCAAAUUCUUCUGUGGCCCGUACUGAUGCCCCAAAUAGCGUUAGGGCAUGUUUUGGAACCGAUGGCAUAAGAAAUGUGGCUCAUGGUCCAGAUUCUUUUGCUUCUGCUGCUAGAGAGCUGGAGAUGUUCUUUCCCUCCAGUGGAGGCCGUGGACCUGCAAACACCGCAAAAUACACACACUGUACUUGUUGUGUUAUUAAGCCUCACUCAGUAAAAGAAGGUCUGACUGGGAAGAUAAUAAAAGCAAUACUUGAUGGAGGAUUUGAUAUUUCAGCCUUGCAGAUGUACUAUAUGGACCGUGCAAAUGCAGAGGAAUUCUACUCAAUUUACAAAGGUGUUGUCGCUGAAUAUGCUGAGAUGGUUGUAGAACUUUGUUCAGGCCCUUGCGUAGCUCUAGAGAUUAGGCAAGUAGAUCCUGAAAAAGUAUUCCGAGACUUCUGCGGGCCUUCUGAUCCCGAAAUAGCUCGUUUUCUGCGUCCUGGCACGCUCCGUGCUAUCUUUGGUAAAAACAAGAUCCAAAACGCUGUGCACUGCACAGAUCUUCCAGAGGAUGGUCUUUUGGAGGUCCAGUAUUUUUUCAACAUCUUGGACAACUAACUAGAGACGACAGGAUUACGGGGCAUGCAAAAAACAAGCCACAGGAGGGAAGAUGUGUGUUUAUUCAUUUAUUGACCAAUGUUUUAACCUGACUGAAAUACAAGAUCAACAAGAGCACUGUAUUUUCCUGGCUAUUACAUAUGUUAGAACAUAGAGGUUUGCACUUUAGACAACAUUUAACACCAGUUGAUGGGGGGUAACUGCAUUGCUUUUCAUAAAGUUCAAAAUAAAGAUUUAUUUUCAAACA